AGUGCACUUCAUGCCCUGAAACCUAAUUGAUGUCUUUCAUAAAACCCCAUAGUGAGCAAUAAUUGUUUGUUAAUCUUCGGCUUUUGAAGUGAUUUACAGUGAUUGUGAGAGCUAAAUCAACAAACAAAAGAAAUUAAUGCUAAAAUUAAUCAUUUCGGAAAUUACCUUAGCUACCAUAAGCUUAUUUUAGCUUAUCACAGUUUAAUAUAAGGCAACAUGACUUGUGCUUCCUUUUGCAGUUAUCACGGUUAUGAGUGAAGUGUUUAUAAUUGCAAAUGUGUGUGAUUUGAUGAAAAUAACAAUUUGAACAAUGUUGCCGAUAAAGCGUCAGAAACAUUCAAAUCAGCGACGAAACAUAAAAGUCAUUCAUCCUGAAAGAGAGACAGCUCUAAUCCAUGUAAUUUUGCUGAAUAAGGCCUUCCGGGUGGUUUCAUUACUCUUCCUUGCUGCCACAGUACUCCCCGUUGUCGUCUACCUGAUGGUGUUCUCGCGGGAAAUUGGACCAUUGGAAUACGAUCGAAAUCAAGUGGGAACAUGUGGCCACUUGAAGAGAUUGCAUGUAUCGUGUGGAAUUCAGAACAUCACCCAAGACUUCUGUUUGCAACGAGGAUGCUGUUUUAGUGAGAAGGAUGGGUGCUAUCAUUCUUUGCCAUCGAGACACCAAUACUUUAAUCCCUCUUACAUAACCCCCAAUUUAGCCAUGGAAUUACAACCUCUGCGUCAAGUGACUCCACUUGGUGUUCCAGCCCUUCCCCGUCUGCAACUUGCUAUCAAUCCCCAGACAAACGCGCGAGUACGACUUUAUGUGUGGAAUCCGGCAAUACAUCGCAAUCCUGUUGAAGCUGAAACGAUUAGGAAUGAUACAGCAGAUACCCAAUUCAUCUAUCGUAUUUUCCAACCAGUUAUUUAUGCGGAAUUCCGCCGAAGGGUGGAUCAGUCAUUGCUGAUGACUACCUCUCGUGGACCACUGAUUACAGCUGAAAAUUUUCUAGAAUGGAGUUUUUUUCUGGGAUCAGACAACCUGUUUGGACUCGGUGAUUUACAUCUAAAGCCAGGCUUUAAAGCUAUUCUCCUAAAUAAUGAGACCACAAGUGCCAUCCCAGUUAUUUUGGCUUACAAUGCUACAUCUCGGAUGUUUCAUGGAAUUUAUUUGAGUGCACCAUAUCCUGUAGAAGUGGAAAUAACCGAAAGCUAUUUGGUGAUUGUAAGGGCAAUUUUCGAUAUGUCAUUCCACGUGGAUCUUGUAUGUGGUCCCACAAUAAGUGAGGUGUUAACACAACUUUGGGAAAACAGUGGUCAGAUAUCUACACUUCCCAAUUGGUUCUAUGGUUUUCACAUAUGUGACACAAACACGACAAGGAAUUUAACUGAGUCAAUGAAUGAAAUGCUCGAGAUGCUUGAUACAGAUCAGAUUCAGGAAAAUCCUUUUGAUUCCCACUGUAUACGGGAACAUCUGUUGUGGAUGGCAAAUGACAGUGAGGGACUACCAGAUGAAGUUCUAUAUGGUGUGGAGAAACUAAGGGAGGCUGGAAAGAAAUUCAUCCUUCCCAUGACUGCACUUCUUGAGGCCAAUCUCAAGGGUAAACCUUUUCAAGAAGCACUGGAUAGGGGAUUGCUAAUGAGGCAUCCCACCCUCGAAGAACCCUAUGUUGGCCGCAUGGGAAACAUCAGUGUAGUUUAUGUAGAUUGGGUGGGAUCUAAUGGUGAUACCUUGACUGAAUGGCUGAGAAAUUGCUGGCCAGCAAAUUUUUCAGCUGAUGGACUUUUAUUGCAGUCCAACUGGAUGAGGGACGAAAGCGAAGGUGGAAAGACACCAUCGUCAUUUCCAUACGUUUCUCAGGAUAUGGUAACAGCUAGCAAUAGUAUAGCACCUUGGCUAAUCCGUCAGUCUGACACAGUUGGUAAUGCCUCGAUUUUCACACAUAAUUUGAUGGCAUCAACUCAAAUUGAGGUCGUAAGGAGCAUGGCAAGUGACACCUUUAUUAUAUCUGAGAGCUCAUUGUUGACAAAUGUACCAAUUUUCAAUCGCAAUGUUUCUUCAACUUGGGCUGAGUUAAGAAAUCAGGUUCGUCGGACAAUGGGUAGAGCUGUAUCAGGAGUCCAUUUUAGUUCUGCAAAUAUUUGUGGGGAUGAUGAAAAUUUGCCUGAGGAACUGUGUGUGCGUUGGUAUCAAUUUGCGUCAUUAUCGCCAAUCUACAGAGUGUCCUCAUCAAAGGCACCAAGCAAAUUUACCAGAUUUGCACAGAGAUUAAUAAGGACUUCAACUAUGAGGCGAUAUUCCCUUUUUGCCUACAUGAAAACUAUCGUGAGUGCCGGAAGACCUCUCAUGACCCCCAUGUUUUAUGAAUUUCCCGAGUUAGUUGCUGAUACGGAAAAUCUAACGCAUCAGGUGUUAGUGGGGCCAUCCCUCCUUUUUGCUCCCGUUCUAAUGUCAGGUGCUCAAUAUAUUGACAUCUUUGCUCCAUGCAUCUUCUAUGAAAUUGGUGGUGGGCAGCAAUUGAUAGCAAACAAAUGGACUCAAUUGUCCGUGGUGGAAGCUGAUGUACCACUCUUCAUUCGGGCUGGCCAUAUAAUUCCCCUUCACAGAACAAUGAAUGCUCAGUCACUUAUGAACGUGACUACAGAUUCAGCUCAAUUGUGCGUGGCACUGGGACCUUUGAUAAAUGGUACCAUGAAUGCCACAGGUGAGAUGUUUGUGGAUGACAAGCAAACCAUCACAUUUACUGCCAUUCUCAGAAUGCAAUGGUUGCAGUUUCAACUUCUAUCUCAUCCCAAGAUAUCUUGCAGCAAUAACACGUCCGUCAGGAUAAACGGGGUGAAAAUUUACGGAUCCGGUGCCUCAGACGAUGGUGUUCACACACUUUCCUUGGAUUUGUGGCAUAAUUUGUGCUUGGGAAAUUUGAAUUUCAUAACAUCUCUUCCUCCAUCCAUUCAAUGAUUUUACUUACAUAAUAUACAACAGCCUUUUACAUACAA